GGUAACCCACUGAUGACACUGCAUGACAGCUUUGCCAGCACUGCUGGAACUCGGCUUGGGUGCCCAACCUGGUCUUUUCUCGCCCCAUCCCGCAACCAGUGCAACAAAGCCGAUAGCGUAGCGUAGUGCCCGAGCAGCGUGAAGAUGCAAAACAGGAACUUGUUCGUUACCCUCGAAACGUAAGCUUUUUGGAUAUUGAGUGCCAUGUUUAUAGCUGCGAGCACCUCGCGGUCGGCCAAUUUUACGGCGUCGGCACUUCGGUGUAGGUGGUCUCAAACGCUCACUACUCGGGAUGCCGCGCUAUCCGGGGUGGAGAGAAGGCAGUUUAUAACGAAUUGUUAUUGGCUCUAUAAUGCCUCGCCGAGAAGGAAAUCUGAUCAAGGGUAUCACACAUUGCGAGGAGACGCGACCCGACAAACGGUAAAGACUUCUCGUUUCGAAAGGCGACGGCUAGGAUGGGAUUCAAAUCCGGACAUUAACCGGCUCAACGAAGCUAUCAACCGCGGCGAUGCCUUUGAGAGCAUGGAGGCGUUUGUUGAAAUUGCCGAUAGGCCAACGGGAGUGCAAUCUAUGCCAGCAGCCACUCUCCAACGUCUCCUGGAGCUUCUGGCUUUCCAGAGGAAAACGGAUUUCAAUACAAGGAGGUCAUGGAUGGCCCAAGUCUUCCCACCGGUAUGGAGCACCUUUAAGCGCAUGAUUGCACAGAAAGAGCAUCCCCCAUACGAACUAUGUGCAGCGCUCUUGACUGGGCUCUAUGUAUACCCAAACCGCGAGGUGGACAAGGUUCAGUGUACACUAGAGGUCUGGGAGUACAUGAAAGCUGCGGAUUUCGUGCGACUAAUUGACACCAGCGUUGGUUGUACUGUCAUCACUCUUCUCAUGAAAACUGGGCAUGGGCACGAAUAUUUCGAAGAGAUGAAGACUCACGGAUACGCUACUGAUCUGCGUUCAUACGAGACACUAGUCAAAGCGUGUUGCGAUGUCAAUGAUUUCUCAAAAGCUGCAGAAUACCUGGAUAUUGUGGAGGAAGAAGGACUAGCUAUCAACUCGAGAGUUUACAACUAUCUCAUGAAAGGGCUGUCGAAAGGUGCAUUUUGGAAGGCCGUGCUUGACCUCAAAAGGCGCAUGGACGCAGCUGGUGUGAGAGCAAACAGUUUUACGUAUACCAUUAUUUUGAAUGCUAGCGCGGAACUUCAUGGCCUUGACAUGACCGAAACCAUCGCAGAAGAAAUGGAACUGGAAGGAGAGAGCUUGGAUCAAUUCCACUAUGGAACACUCGUGAAAGCUGCAGGGAGAGAUGAUAAUGUCGAAAGAGCUGAAUAUUGGUAUAACAAGAUGCGUGAGGCUGGGUUUCCUCCAAGCGGAAAGGUGAUCAACUCGUUAAUGGCUGUGAACUGUCGCGUACGAGACAUGGAUCGUUCCGAAGAGCUCUUCAAUGAAAUGCCGAGAUACAACGUCAAACCCACGAAUAUGCAUUAUUACAACAUGAUAGCAGGGUACAUCAACAGUAGGAAUGAUGACAAAGCUUCAUUCUGGCUUGAAAAGGUGCUCAAGGACGGCAUCGUAGUGGAAGACAGCAAUUCCCCUUUCACCCCAUUUAUUCAGCGUUACCUGCAUCAGGACGAUGAUGAGAGCGCGCGAAAGAUCCUCGAUCUGAUAAAGCGAGAACCUGAGCUACUGGGGAAGUCAGACACUCCAUUCGUGACGUUUAUGAGCUAUUACGGAAAACGCAACCUGCAAGCGAUGCUAGACUGCUUCCAGGAAGUUAUUGAUGCUGGCUUGGCCCCGUCACCCAAUUCGUUUAACACGAUCAUGGCAGCUUAUGCGAAUCUUGGUAAAGUGGAGGAUGCUGAAAAUUGGCAUAAGAGAAAGAUUAAGGCUGGGCAUGCGGAAGACCAAAUUGGAUUGGCUGUCCUAAUGACAGCCUAUCGUAAAGCUAAGCGAUGGGAUGAUGGGUACACGAUCUGGAAGCGAUUACGGGGGUCCGAUGUCUUAUUACGCGAAGAGACAGUAACUAUCUUUAUCAAGUUGUGCAACCAGUGCAAGCAGCUGGAGACCAUGCGAGAAGAAGUCAUUUCGUUGGCGACAGACUCGUAUGAAUUUACGCCGGAGAACUUUAAAGCUAUGGUCUUCGCGUACGGUGAUAAUAACGAUAUAGAAUCAGCGCUACGUGUGCUACUGGAGCUGAUGCCACGAAAAGACAAUGAGCAUUUUGCGGAAGCUGGCAUGUACGUUGCUCAAUUGCUUGACAAGGCCGAGAAUCACGACGAAGCAAGAAGGCUUCGGAGGUUAGCGAUGUUGCAUUCCAAUAGAUCUUGAAUGAGAUUAUGGGCUGGAUCUCAGUGAUCACGGACAGUUGUGUGCAUAUUCACUAGAUGGAUGUUAGAUUUUGCAGACAUCAACAUAUUAUUCGUUUCAUGCGCGGCAAAUGCACUAUUGUAUGAUAGCACAGACGUUGGUAGAUGCACUCCGAACCUGAUUCGUUGUCCAACAAGAAAUCAAUUAUUUGUAACUUAUCGAUUGCUGCCUUAGUGGUCUUCCUAUACCAAAUAUUCAUAAUACCAAUACGAGACUUGAG